GCGCGGCCGUGGGUUCGGGGUUUAUUGAUUGAAUUCCGCCGGCGCGGGAGCCUCUGCAGAGAGAGAGCGCGAGAGAUGGACAUGGACAAACGGAUUCAUUUAGAGCUGCGGAACAGGACGCCCUCUGAUGUGAAAGAGCUUGUCCUGGACAACUGUCGGUCAAAUGAAGGCAAAAUCGAAGGCCUCACAGAUGAAUUUGAAGAACUGGAGUUCUUGAGUACAAUCAACGUAGGCCUCACCUCAGUCGCAAACUUACCAAAGUUAAACAAACUUAAGAAGCUUGAACUAAGCGAUAACAGAAUCUCAGGGGGCCUGGAAGUAUUGGCAGAAAAGUGUCCGAACCUCACGCAUCUAAAUUUAAGUGGCAACAAAAUUAAAGACCUCAGCACAAUAGAGCCACUGAAAAAGUUAGAAAACCUCAAGAGCUUAGACCUUUUCAAUUGCGAGGUGACCAACCUGAACGACUACCGAGAAAACGUGUUCAAGCUCCUUCCUCAGCUCACGUAUCUCGAUGGCUACGAUCGGGACGACAAGGAGGCCCCCGACUCGGACGCUGAGGGCUACGUGGAGGGCCUGGAGGAUGACGAGGAGGAUGAGGACGAGGAAGAGUACGAUGAAGAUGCUCAGGUAGUGGAAGAUGAGGAGGACGAGGAGGAGGAGGAGGAAGGUGAAGAGGAGGAUGUGAGUGGAGAGGAAGAGGAGGAUGAGGAAGGUUAUAACGAUGGGGAAGUAGACGAUGAGGAAGAUGAAGAGGAGCUUGGUGAAGAAGAAAGGGGUCAGAAGCGAAAACGAGAACCUGAAGAUGAGGGAGAAGACGAUGACUAAGUGGAAUAACCUAUUUUGAAAAAUUCCUAUUGUGAUUUGACUGUUUUUACCCGUACCCCCCCAAAUCCCACUCCCCGAAACUUAUUUUUUUCUGAUUGUAACGUUGCUGUGGGAACGAGAGGGGAAAAGUGUACUGGGGGUUGUGGGGGGAGGGAGGGGGGAGGGGGUGGAAUAAAAUACUAUUUUUACUGCCACUCUUUAUUUUUUUCCCCUACUUUUUCUUUGUGUCUGUUUUGUCCCUGAUAAAUUUGCGAGAGCUGGGUACACACAAGUGAGCGUUUGUUCCUUACCCUCAAAGAGGACGGUUUGGAGAUCUCUGACAUUUCCUGGUAUUUCCCGAGUCUCUUGAGUUGGUUGGAAGGCCAGGGCUGGCCUCAGUUUGGUUUCUCAAAGCCCAGGAGGGGCUGAGCGCCAGCCACAUCUUACCUCUUGUUCCGGUUCCCGUGAUCUCCGCAUUUCUUGGGCCCGCGAAAGGCAGCCAGCGCCCUGGUUUGUAAAUAGCAACCUAAAGGCGUAUUUUGGCCGUGGUCGGGGGAUCUUCCCUGUCUCCCGUCCCCUGUUCCCUCUUCACAGAUGGUGGUGGGCUUCGCUGUCCGAAGAAGACUCUGAUGUCACUCUUGUGAUGAGCCAGAGAGCUGAGAACAGCAGGCUUCUGAGUUAGGAGUAAAAUGGAUUUGGUAAUUCUAAUUAAAAGAGAAGAAGCAAACCCUCAAACUUCAACCUCUUUCAAAGAUUAAAAACAAAACUGUCC